UCGGGCACCUCGUGGGGCUGGCCGGUCCCCGCAGCAGCUGCGCCCCAACUUACCGUCUGGUCGCGCCGAGGAGCGGAAUUAAUGGAGAGCAGACAAGAUAUUACAAACCAAGAAGAACUUUGGACAGUGAAGCCUAGGAGAAAUCCAGAAGAAGAUGAUUACUUGGAUAAGGACUCGGGAGAGACCAGCAUGCUGAAAAGAACUGUGUUUUCACACAUGCACCAAACAACCCACUUUGAUGGAUUUGACUGCCCCUCUGAGCUUCAGCACAAACAAGAACUCUUUCCAAUGUGGCGCUGGCCAAUUAAAAUUGCUGCUGUCAUAUCAUCUCUGACUUUCCUUUACACUCUCCUGAGGGAAAUAAUUCACCCUUUUGUAACUUCCCACCAACAGUAUUUUUAUAAAAUUCCAAUCCUGGUCAUCAACAAAGUCUUGCCAAUGGUGUCCAUCACCCUCUUGGCACUAGUCUAUUUGCCGGGGGUGAUCGCAGGCAUUGUACAGCUUCAUAACGGAACCAAAUAUAAGAAAUUUCCACAUUGGUUGGAUAGAUGGAUGUUAACAAGAAAACAGUUGGGGCUUCUCAGUUUCUUUUUUGCUGUGCUGCAUGCAAUUUAUAGUCUGUCCUAUCCAAUGAGGCGAUCCUACAGAUACAAGUUGCUCAACUGGGCAUAUCAACAGGUCCAACAAAACAAAGAAGAUGCCUGGAUUGAGCAUGAUGUUUGGAGAAUGGAAAUGUAUGUGUCUCUGGGAAUUGUGGCACUUGGGAUACUGGCUCUGUUGGCUGUGACAUCCAUUCCAUCUGUGAGCGAUUCUUUGACAUGGAGAGAAUUUCACUAUAUUCAGAGCAAGCUAGGAAUUGUUUCCCUUCUUCUGGGCACAAUACAUGCAUUGAUUUUUGCCUGGAAUAAAUGGGUAGAUAUAAAACAAUUUGUGUGGUACACACCUCCGACUUUUAUGAUAGCUGUCUUCCUUCCGAUUGUUGUCCUGUUCUGCAAAGCCCUACUGUGCCUGCCGUGCUUGAGGAAGAAGAUACUGAAGAUUAGACAUGGUUGGGAAGAUGUCACCAAAAUUAAUAAAACUGACAUAUCUUCCCAGUUGUAGAAUCACCGUUUACACACAUUUUUGUUCAAUUGAUAUAUUUCACCAUAAAUGUUUCAGAUUUGUAUUUGUUUAAUAAAGUGACCACUUGAGGGUCUUAAUGUAUCUCUUUGUUGAUGAAUCCUGAGUUAGAAGUAUGUGUAGUUCUCUGUAGAUUUGAUUCAAAGCAAUAAAUAAAGCAAUCUUGAGCACAUUCUCUAUGUUCAAUAGAACUAAGCAUAACAAAACAAUCACAUCUGAUUUGUCAGACUGUACAGCAUUAUAAAUAAUAAAAGGCCUUGCAGUCCCAAUCCCUACAACUCAUCAAAAGAUAUCGUGAGCCAUGAAAAAAUAUAUUAUCUGAAUCUACCAUGCAAGUAUAUCCAGUAUUUAUGAUUGUUGUUAAAGAUGGGUUUCAUUUUCCUGUAACUGGGUGUUAUUCAUGAAACACCGAUUGCAAGAAACACACAGGUUGUGUCUACACAAGUAAAGCAACAGAAUAACAUCAGAUAUAUCUCCAGGCAAAAUAAAACUCAAGCUUUCCAGGAGAAAAAGUAAAUUCACUUUUCUCUAUAUGAGUUACAUAAACUCAGUUGAACUUAGUACACCGGUGAAAGCAUACCUUGAACCGGUUCUUCAAAGAGCAAAGUAUACAUCGGCUGUCAGGACUCGCUAACCCAACAGACUACACUUCAGAGGUUUUUUUAUAAUGAGAAAAGCUAACUACGAACAAUAUCUUUUAUAUAGGUAAACCAUUUAUUAUGAUUUAGAAU